UGAAAUAACAUUGCAUAAUAAAAUGACAAUAUUUCAUGACGAAAUUGAAAUUGAGGAUUUUGAAUAUGACGAGGAUGAUGAAAUGUACUAUUAUCCCUGCCCCUGUGGCGAUAGAUUUCAAAUAAGUAAGGAAGAAUUGAUAGCAGGAGAAGAAGUAGCCACAUGCCCCAGCUGUUCACUUGUUGUCAAAGUUAUCUAUGAUUUGGAAAAAUUUAAGGCUGAAGCCGAAGAGUUGAAUGACACUGAUGUGGGUGAUAAGGCAGCUGUGAAGGCUUAAUCCCAUAGAGAAUUGCCAAAUUGUUGGAUUUCUGUGAUGUAAUGAUAUAAAUGACUAUGGUGAUCAUGAUCACGUCGGAUAUGAGAUGCGCAAGGACCUCGAGAGAAUAUGGACAGUGGCCAUCUGUGAUUUUAUGUGAUAUUAAAUGCUGAUCAAUAAUUAUAUUGAUACAAUAAAUAUAACA